GGGCCAGGUUUUGCUAUAGCAGGCGCGCGCUAACAGAUCUAACAAAGCUUUAUACCGCUCGUACUCGAUACCUUUGUAAAGCGUCGAGUAUGAGGACGUUUACGUGUACGAUUCACGCCUCGGCUGUGCGAACGCGCGCGAAUAAAAGCAUAGAACAAUACGCUGAGUGCAUUGGCGCGAUUGCUCCGCCUGCUUGUUUAUAUUCUUCACAUUAUUGGGUGUUGGAUGGCAUUAUUAUACGAUUUGCUUUCAUGAUCUGCCAAUCAGAGGUUAGCUGACGAGUACACAAGUACUAUAUACCAUCAGGGGGUCGCAAUUGAUUUGCAAAUAAUUGGAAACUUUAAUACGACAGAAAAUAAUUAAAAUCUGUCUGGCUUGCCACUCAAACUCUUGUCAAUUCCCAAAAGCAUCUUUUGAAAAGUGAUCGGUAGAGCGAAUGAUGCACAAAGGCCCCACCGCGGCACGAUAUUUUAAACCGAGUUGAUUCUGCGCGUAGUGCGGCAUUCGUAUCUAACCCAUGCGCUAAUUGGUCGAGAAUGUGACAUGUUCAAUUCGGCCGAGUAUUGUUUAGGCCGAUAGAGCUCGAGUCGUCGUAUUGACGUUGAGUACCACCGACUGCUUAUAGCCCCCGAGGACACAAAACAUUCUGCACAGAGCGUGAAUUAGGCUUAAUUAUGACAACUCAGUUGGAUUCGCUGGGAACCAGUCCAAACCAAGCAACAGUCAGGCAAGCAGUCCAACAGGCCGGUAGCAAAGGGAGAAAGCGCUCGCACACUCGUGAUCUAUCCCCACCGUUAACUCCGAUAUCUCCCAACUCAUCUCAUUCAAAGAGAGUAGAGACUUCCUCCUCCGCCUUUGAGUUAAUCGGGACCGAGGAUCGUGGUCUCGGAGGAAUACACGGAGUGAGCACCGCAUCGGCAAGCGUAGCGGGGAAUGGUGUAGUGUCGUCCGCCGCGCAAGUCAGCUCAGCACUUUGUGCCCCACGUCUUACUCACACGCCGCCGAGCGGCCCUCACGACUAUCGCGACGUGCUCGCCGGCCAAAUGCAGGGCCCAGCGCACCAGUAUUACCCUCCGCAGUACAACCCACUCCACUAUCAACAACAACAGCCAAGGUUCGACUUCCAACAUGCGCUCGAACCUUUUCAGCCGUCCGCUCACUCGCAGCAGUUCGGCCAAGGACCACCAGCCUUCCACCCUGUAUCCCAGCAUCAGGUUUUGCCCAACUCGCACGCUUCUGUCGGCCACACGCAGCACCAGAGCAGACAUUUAGGCUUGCGGCAACGCUCCGACGAGCUAGACCCGCUUCAACCCGUCCACAUCAACCAGUUCCCUUCUCCGCUCGAUCACGCUCGUCGGAGGGACACUGCAGAUCUGUUUAGCCCGUCGCGGCGACACGAAAUUCUCCGCUAUGGCAGCGAUUCGAUGAGUUCAGUGCCUUCGGGCGGUCUUCCCCUGCCUUCUGAGACACAGAGCCAUCAUACAAGCAGUGGUGCCAGCAAGAACGGUGACUCAACUCCGACCCAUUCAAACCGAGAAGGGCUUCCCCUCAACCGAAUUAUCAACAAGAAACACAAUCAAGGGCAAGAGAACGAGGUUGAGGAUGGGGACGGACCCGUGCAGCCAUCUGAUGUGUUCUGCUGUGUUCCUGGCCGAUUAUCGCUACUUAGCUCGACCUCCAAGUACAAAGUUACAGUGGGAGAAAUACGAAGACGACUAUCGCAUCCAGAGUGUUUAAACGCAUCGUUAUUAGGCGGAGUACUUCGCAGAGCGAAAUCCAAAAAUGGCGGAAAAUGCCUUCGCGAUAAACUGGACAAGAUCGGACUCUCGCUCCCCGCUGGACGGAGAAAAGCCGCACAAGUCACACUCCUGACUUCACUUGUCGAAGGCGAGGCAGCACACCUAGCGGCAGAUUUCGACUUUGUUUGCGAGUCUGAGUUCCCGGCAUCACAACUCGCAGAGUACCAGUACAGACAACAUGCCGAUCCCGCCGAACAAGGAUCCCGGAAAAACGCCAUAAUGGCGGCCAAGCAACUAGCAAAAGAAUUACAAGAUAUCCUUGCACAAGACCCAUACCCCAAACUUCGUCUACCCACGAGUUCCUUACCAGAAUCUACGUUACGCAGUUUAAACCAGUUUGGACUUGUUACUCACGGGUUUGGUUCACCCUCCAUUAACGCUGCGAUGAAUGCAUUUCAAGCAUAUCUAUCCGAACUGCUUAAAUACCACGAAGGAAAUGUUGGUGGGGGACCAAGAAAUCCAAAUAUCGUAAAAAACGGCGAUCCAUGACACAAGUUUGAAUGUAGCUCUAGAUAUGUUAACCUUGGCAUUGGUUUGCUGGUACUGCACACGUAAGUAAAAAUCUCGAAAUUACGCAUGCGCGCGAGCUGCAACAUCAGACAGACUUGCCCUGCGUCAGCGGAUUCUAAGAACUGAAUUGCAAGAGGUUGUUUAAUUCUACAGUGGUCCGUAUUGACUGCGUUUCACUUCUCAUAAAGUUGACAGUGCUGGGAAGAUAAGUACUGUCGCCGAGAUUCCAAAACUCCGUUAUGGAAGUUUUGUGAAUUUUCUGAAAUAUUUGAACUUUUUUUUUGUGCGCGAAUAGAGGGUUCGAAUGAAAGAUGACGUCACGUUCUAAGCGCACCAUACUGGCUGUGUUCACUUGACUGUAUGAGGUCGAAAGUCUCUCCGUUCUCAAAAGUGUAGAUAGUCCGCCGUCAGUAAGGGUCGAAAGUCCUCCCUCAGUAAGGGUAGAGAGUCCGCCAUCAGUAAGGGUAGAGUGCCCGCCCUUAGUAAGGGUAGAUGGUCCGCCCUCAGUAAGGGUAAAGAGCCCGCCCUCAGUAAGGGUAGAUAGUCCGCCCUCAGUGAGGGUAGAUGGUCCGCCCUCAGUAAGGGUAGAUGGUCCGCCCUCAGUAAGGGUAGAUGGUCCGCCCUCAGUAAGGGUAGAUGGUCUGCCCUCAGUAAGGGUAGAUGGUCCGCCCUCAGUAAGGGUAGACAGUCCGCCCUCAGUAAGGGUAGAUAGUCCGCCCUCAGUAAGGGUAGAUGGUCCGCCCUCAGUAAGGGUAGAUAGUCCGCCCUCAGUAAGGGUAGAUGGUCCGCCCUCAGUAAGGGUAGAUGGUCCGCCCUCAGUAAGGGUAGAUGGUCCGCCCUCAGUAAGGGUAGAUAGUCCGCCCUCAGUAAGGGUAGAUGGUCCGCCCUCAGUAAGGGUAGAUGGUCCGCCCUCAGUAAGGGUAGAUGGUCCGCCCUCAGUAAGGGUAGAUAGUCCGCCCUCAGUAAGGGUAGAUGGUCCGCCCUCAGUAAGGGUAGAUGGUCCGCCCUCAGUAAGGGUAGAUAGUCCGCCCUCAGUAAGGGUAGAUGGUCCGCCCUCAGUAAGGGUAGAUGGUCCGCCCUCAGUAAGGGUAGAUGGUCCGCCCUCAGUAAGGGUAGAUAGUCCGCCCUCAGUAAGGGUAGAUAGUCCGCCCUCAGUAAGGGUAGAUAGUCCGCCCUCAGUAAGGGUAGAUAGUCCGCCCUCAGUAAGGGUAGAUGGUCCGCCCUCAGUAAGGGUAGAUGGUCCGCCCUCAGUAAGGGUAGAUGGUCCGCCCACAGUAAGGGUAGAUGGUCCGCCCUCAGUAAGGGUAGAUGGUCCGCCCUCAGUAAGGGUAGAUGGUCCGCCCUCAGUAAGGGUAGAUAGUCGGCCCUUAGUGAGAAUAGAUAGUCCGCCCUCAGUAAGGGUAGAUAGUCCGCCCACAGUGAGGGAGUCCAUCGCCUAACUCAAGAAGUGUUUGAUUGCAGCAGGUAAGGUGCUUACAGUAUUGUUGGUAUAAAGUUGUGUUAUUUAAAGAGCCUUUGUCAGACGCCAUUUUGUCACCUUAGCAAAAUACCAAAUGUUCUCCAUCGCCUGAUUUGGGGAAGCUUUCCAAUGUUGUCUGAAAACAAUAACAAAGGUGUUGCUGGCAAGGGCUAAAGCUUGCUCCUAUUUCCGCCAUAUAACGAACAUCUCGGGAAUUUAACAAGUGUCGUUAUAUUAAGGGUUGUCUAUAGGAUAUGGCGUCGCAAGCUCUUCCGCGUACUUUAUAUGUAAAACGUUCAAGUCACGCCCUUCUAUCUCAUUUCUUCUCCUGCCUACCAAUGCUGAUGAUUUUAUUUGUAUAUUUUGUGUCACUUGGAUGUAUAUAGUGAUAUGCCAAUGAUAUAAGAGUGAUUUUAAGUAGAAAAUAUAGAGAAUUGUUUCCGAUUUGAUCGUACAUUCGCACGGAUUGAAUCCUUCCGCUGUUUUCAUAUGCUCACACUAGAAGUGUCUUGAUAUCUAUAUAUAUACAGAUUAACACAGAAAUCACAUACUGAAUCAGUUGUCUUGAUGUAAAACUCUAAGAUAUAUUAAAGAUUUCUUCGUCA